UUUUAAAGCCAUGUCCAAAGUUAACACCCCUUGAAAUUGCAAAUUUUUGUUUUGAGAAACUGAAUAAUGAUUCCCCACAGAGCUGCAGUCAAUGCUGUUUUAUUUUGAGGUCUAGUCAUUGUUUCUGAGUUAGUGUUGGUGUUAGAGGUAGAUAAUUUUUGCCCUGCUCUUCAGUUUUGCUUUGACUCCUGGCUUUAAUUUAAUUACUAUGAUGAACUAUUGUUCUAAGCUCACAGUGUCAGGAAGCUGUCCCGGCUCCUGCCUGGUUUUUGUCCCUGUCUCCCUUUCUCUCUCCCAGCUGAUUACCUGCUGGAGGACAGCUAAUUGCAGCAUGAGACUCAGCUGAGGAGUAAUCAGCCAACACCAUUCACCUGCCUUCCCCUUCUGUUUAAAAAUCCUCUGCUUCCCUCAUUGUGUGUGGGGGCAUCACAGCUUUGAUUGACCCAAAUGUGGUUUCCCCUCAUUCCUUCAGAUUCCCAUCAGCUCUGGACUUUUGAGGAUUUCUCUCUGUCCUGGACUACAUUGUGUUUCUUGUUAUUUUAUGGACUCGUCUCAGUUACCUGCACUCACAGGAGACAGCUACCCAUGUAAUGAAACCAAGUCCGUGAAGAUGAUGUACCAGGAAACUGAGUUUCCUUUGAAGUCCAUCCCUGAAAUGAACUGCAAGAGCCUAGAGAUGCCCUACAAAGGCAAGGAGCUCAGCAUGCUCAUCUUCCUCCCCAAUGACAUGGAGGACAGUACAACAGGCCUGGAGAAGCUGGAGAAGGAGCUGACCUAUGAGAAGUUUGUGGAGUGGACUCGUCCAGACAGGAUGUAUGAAGUUGAGGUCCAGGUGGGUCUGCCUCGAUUCAAGAUGGAGAAGUACGACAUGAAGAAGGUCCUGGUCAGCAUGGGCAUGGUGGACGCCUUUGACAUGGGAAAGAGUGACUUCUCUGGCAUGUCUCCUGCCAAUGACCUGGUGCUGUCUAAAGUCAUGCAUAAGGCUUUCGUGGAGGUCAACGAGGAGGGAACUGAGGCUGCUGCUGCCACUGCUGACAUGGUGAUGCUUUGUUCCUACAGACCUCCAGCCACCUUCAUCGCAGACCACCCCUUCCUCUUCUUCAUCCGACACAACCCUUCCAUGAGCAUCCUCUUUGCUGGCCGAUACUGCUCCCCUGAGUGAGAGCGUCGUUGUUUAGAGCAGGUUUUCUCCAACAGAGGGAGGUUACAACACAUAUAAUCUGCAAUAGUGUAGCGUUUUAUGCUGCAUCACUGGAAGAAUGUUGAGAAUAAUCGCUCUACAGUUUCUUGUCGCUAAUCACACCCUGAGUUCCCGUCCAAUGUUUCCAACACCAGGAUUAUGAGUAAAAACGAUGGUGUUGGAUCUUCUAAACCUGAUCUCUCUCAUUUGUGUCUCUUCUCAUAUAAAUGAUUGUGAAUUUGUCCUGUGCCUUCCUGAACAUUCAGCUCUAGCACUGUUUAGGCUAAUCUCAUCCUUUACUUUAUGUCUGCAAUGCACGUAUGGUCCUGUUUGCUGCAGUCUUACUCUACUGUGGUUCAUCUCUCCAUAUUGUCUAGUUUAUCCUGCACCUUACAUCCUUUUAAUGAAUUUAACUGUAAAUUGUCCCUUUUUCACCCAGCAGCUCAGACAUCAACUGUACCUUUUGGCUGCAAUGUUCUCUGUACUUUAUCUACAUAACAAGCAAUUAUAUCGUUCUGUUACAUUUAACUGUACCUUUAUGCAUAUAAUAAAAAUGGAUUAAAAAUAAGAAGAACUU